GCUCUGCAGGCUCCAUUCAGUCAAAAAUGCCAGGUGCUGUUGUUUCCAAUUCUUCUCCUCCCGGGCCUCUGCCCUGGGUUAUCCCCCAACCCUGGCAGGGUGAGCUGCCCUCCAGCUCCCAGGUGGUGUCAGGGCUCCAUGGCUGCGUUCCUCGCGCUCCUCCAGCCGGGACACUGCCUGAUGCUUGCUCUUUGGUUUCCACCUCACCAGGCUUUAACCAGGAGCAAUCUGUGAGCAGCUCCACCAUGUCAGAUAGUGACCUCGGGGAGGACGACAGCGCCACAUCUCUGGACCCCUCGCAGUCCAACAAGAGGAAGAGAAGGGGUAAUCUCCCCAAGGAGUCGGUGAAGAUCCUCCGGGACUGGCUCUACGAGCACCGCUUCAAUGCCUACCCCUCGGAGCAGGAGAAGCUCAGCCUCUCUGGGCAGACCAGCCUCUCCGUGCUGCAGAUCUGUAACUGGUUUAUCAACGCCCGGCGGCGGCUGCUCCCCGACAUGCUGCGCAAGGACGGGAAGGACCCCAACCAGUUCACCAUCUCCCGCCGAGGGGGCAAAGCCGGCGACGUGGCCCUGCCGCGGGGGGCUGCCGCCGGCUCUGGGGUGCUGGUGGUGCCUCCGGUGACAGGGGCUUCCAAGGUGCUGUCAAUGUCCGUGUGCCCGCAGGUACUGUGCCACCCCACCCAGGCGCUGGGAAGCAACCUGACGGUGGUGGGCACCCACAGCCCCAAGCGGGAGAAGCCUCCCGGCCUGCAGCGAGCAGAGCCAGACCCCGCUCCCAAAGCGGCACUGGGUGCUGCCGGCAGCACCGUGACCCUGCUGGCUCGUGCCGAGGCGGCCAGCCCCACCACUGGACUCUUCAACACGCCACCCCCCACGCCCCCCGAGCUCUUCGGUGAUGACUUCAGCAGCUUCCAGCUGCUGGUGGAGGUUGCUCUGCAGAAGGCAGCUGAGCUGGAGUUGCAGCGGCAGGGAGGGCAGCUGCCCCUCUUGCCCCAGACUGAGCACCCGGCAGCCUCUGUCUCCAAAUAACCCCCUGGGCCAGGUCCCACGGAGCGCCCUUCCUUAUGGGGGGCCCAUCUUCCUUGGGGGGUGCCUGAGCCUCCCAGCCUUGCACCACCUGUUUCUGCACCCCCACCAGCUCAUCUUGGAAGCAGACUCCUGCCUCCCUCCUGGAGGCUCUGUCAUUCCGUCGGGAAGGACUGUCCCAGCCUGCCAGCCGCUCGCUGGGGAGAUGCCCUGUGCACCGAGGACAGUGCCCAGCUGUGCGGGAGGACGUGGCUGCUGCCGUCUGGCCAUUGUGAAAACACCAGCAGCUUUCCUGGCCUCUCACUGACGCGGCAGACGGCCACUCUGGAGCUCCCUUUGGAAAACCUGCUGACUUCUUUUUCUCUCCCCUGUAAACAAGGGUGCAGCCCACGCCGCUUCUUUGGGAGAGAAAGAGAGAAUUUAUGUUUGUUACAGUUGGUGUCUUUUUUAAGGACUAUGGAUUUUUUCUCUCAGAUCUCUGAUCACUUCCCCCCUGCCUUUUUUCCUUUUUUUGCUAUUGUUUGGGGGCCUUUCUGGCUCUUCAGCGGGCCGGGAGCACUGCCUUGCCCAGGGAAGGGCAAAGGACUGGAAGACCUGAAGCCCGUGGCAUUUUUUCACAUGGAGGAUGUGAGACCCUCCUCUCCUGUCGCAAUGCGUUACGGAUGCUGCCAGUAGAAAUCUCCAUGGUGCUAUUUCACAGUUUUUUGUUGAAACGUUUUCCCUUUAAUUGUGAUAUAUUAUAUGAUUUUUGCGCCCCCCCUUCUACGAGCAUUUCCACAACUUCCCCGUGUUUCUCUUUGAGUUCCUGCUGCUGUGUGCACGUUGUGUCCUGGAGCAGAGAACGCGGUGCAGAGCCUGUGGGAUGCUGACAGCCAGCUGCUGCUGGGGCAGGCGCAGAGCCAAGACUGGAAUUUUGUAUCCAACUUUUUUAUUUCCUACUUUUUUAAACAAAACAUUUGGGAAAAAGGCGCGUUGCGGGCACGGCCAUGGGUGUUCUUCUGCAAGCAGCCUGCAGACUACAGUUCCUGGAAAGCGGAGUUUUCUCGUCAGCCAAGUGCUGAUGCCUUGGGAACAGGGAAGGCAGGGUUGAUUCCCUGCCUCUUGUUCUGGCUCUCCAGGGCUGAGUGUGGCUGUGCGCUGCUGGGGACCUCUCGUGACAAACCAGUGUUUGCUGGGAGCUGGCUGGGCCCCAGCCUGGACUGGGGCUGGGACUGGGGCCCAGAGCUGGUCUUGGCACAGAUGUUGCUGUUCCACUGUAAAAUGUACGUUAAAUAGUGAUACGUACACACCUAUGUUAUCCUGAGAAACACUAAUCCUAGGUAAUUAGCCUGAUUGUUAAUUUGCAUGACUAGAGAAGGUAACGCCUAUGGGUUCUGGUACUCCACAGCACAUGUGGGGUGAUGGGUCAGGAAGGGCAAAGCACUGAUUUUGGGGACCAGUGCUUUCCCCCUCUCCUCUUUUAGUAGGGAGCAGAGUUCUGAGUGCUGGCAGGGGCUGUGGGAAGGCUUGCUGUUGUGUGCCGCCUUGGCCAGGCGCCCCUGUGCGGCACAGGGAUGGCUCCAUCGCUGGCUCAGCCUGGCUGUGCCAUGGGCACCACUGUGGUGGCUGCUCGCCAUGUGGCUGUGAACCCUUCCCCGUCUCCUCCAGCCUCCUUGCUGGGGAAAGCCCUGAAUUUUAGGACUCCCUCCCUUAUUUCUAGGUUGCCCUUUCUCCUGUCAUUCCCAGCAGUUCUGUUCCCUUUCCCGGGAGAGGGAGAGGCUUUUUGAUCUCCUGGUCUUGCUCUGCCCCAGUCGAACCAAAGCAUUUUCCUCCUCUGGGGCAGGAAAGUCACAAUCGUGCCGUGCCUUGGAAUGGUGUGCUGCCCUGCAGGUGGACC